AUGCUCCAUAUCUUACAUCCUUCUCUAGAAACCAGUUGAUCCUCCUCCAGAUUUCAAAUCCUCCGAGAAAACCAAAGAAAUUUGAAUCCUCACUCUGCCCAAUCUCUGUAGUAAUAAUAAUAAUUAUUAUACUAGUAAAUUCGUACUCUUUGAGCUGAUUGCUUGGGUUUGAGAUCCGUUGACUGUGAAGCUUACAGUCUUAGAUUUUAUAGGAUUUUUUUAUUGGGAUACUUGAGCUUUUUCAGAAUCGAAAGUUUAGUUUUUGCUAUGAAUGAAGAUGGUAUUCAAAUCGAAGAUAAAGUGGAUAGCUUUGUUAGUACUGAUACUAUCGACGGGAUCUCUAGUCAUUCACCUCUCUAUAACCAAGUUUUCGACUUCCAGUUUGGUGUCUUAUGCUUCAAAGAAGGAUUCCGGGGUCGAUUUCCCUCCUUUACCAGAGGCCCAGAGUGUUAGAUAUUUUAGAAAUAAGAAGUUAUGGGGGGUUGUGAAGUCCUUAGAGUCGUUGCAACCUUAUGCUAACCCAAGGAGCACUUACCCAGUUCCUCAUGAAAAGAACAAUGGUUAUAUUUAUGCAAAAAUUUUUGGUGGAUUUGAGAAAAUAAGAUCCUCGAUCUGUGAUCUUGUCACCAUAUCCAGACUUCUAAAUGCCACUCUUGUCAUUCCAGAGAUUCAAGAAAGCCUUUGGUCAAAAGGCAUUAGUAAAAAAUUCAAGAGUUUUUCCUAUCUCUAUAAUGAGGAGCAGUUCAUUGCAUCACUUAAAAAGGAUGUAAUCAUUGUGAAGAGCCUGCCUGAUAAUUUGAAGGCAGCUAGGAAAAGGAAUGAGUUCCCAACAUUUAAGCCCAAAAGUACCGCUUCUCCAAGUUUUUAUAUCCAAGAAAUUCUGCCUAAGUUGAAGAAAGCCAAGGUUAUUGGGCUGGUGCUUGCUGAUGGAGGAUGUCUGCAGUCAGCUCUUCCACCUGGCAUGUAUGAGUUUCAGAGGCUUCGAUGCAGAGUUGCUUUUCAUGCUCUCCAAUUUCGGAAGGAAAUUCAGGUCCUUGGUUACCUGAUGGUUGAGAGGCUAAGAGCAUGGGGUCAACCUUUCCUUGCAUUUCAUCCUGGUUUGGUGAGGGACACAUUGGCAUAUCAUGGUUGUGCAGAACUUUUUCAGGACGUUCACACUGAACUCGUACAAUAUCGAAGGGCACAAAUGAUCAAGCGAGGGAGUCUUAAGGAAGAACUUAAUGUAGAUUCACAUUUACAUAGAGAAAACGGGUCAUGCCCUCUCAUGCCAGAAGAGGUUGGGCUUCUCCUCCGAGCAUUUGGUUAUCCUCCUAAAACUACUAUAUACGUAGCAGGUUCUGAAACUUUUGGUGGACAACGUGUUCUUAUCCCCCUCAUUGCUAGGUUUACUAAAGUGGUAGAUCGCACUUCAAUGUGCAGCAAGCAAGAGUUGUUUGACUUGGUUGGUCCAGAGACACCUCUUCCUGUAGAUUCCUUCAAAUUACCUCCACACAAAAGUGAGAAACAACUUAAAGAAGAGUGGAAGAGGGCAGGUCCUCGGCCCCGGCCUCUUCCUCCACCUCCAGACCGGCCCAUCUAUCAUCAUGAGAAAGAAGGCUGGUAUGGUUGGAUCACGGAGAGUAAUUCUGAACCAGACCCUUCACCAAUGUAUUUAAGAAGGCAAGCCCAAAGGUUACUUUGGGAUGCGCUAGAUUACAUCGUCUCCAUGGAAGCAGAUGCAUUCUUUCCUGGUUUUAAUAAUGAUGGAAGUGGGUGGCCAGAUUUCUCAAGCUUGGUCAUGGGACAGCGGCUAUAUGAAAGUGCUGCUUCUAGAACAUAUCGACCAGACAGGAAACUCCUUGCAGAACUUUUCAACAUUACCCGUGAGGAUAUGUAUCAUCCCAAUCAUAAUUGGACACUCGCAGUGCGGGAGCAUCUCAACAAAAGCUUGGGUGAAGAUGGGCUAAUCAGGCAAUCCCUCCAGUCAAAACCAUCCUCAUUUCUAUCACAUCCUCUCCCUGAAUGCUCUUGUAGAAUUUCAUCUGCUGAGUUCCAAACUCCAAUUGAAGGUGUUGAUGGCCGAUAUCUGUAUGGAGGUGAGGAUGAAUGCCCCGAGUGGAUGCAGCAUGGACAGGAAGCUGCUCCGUUGGAGUCAAUGGGAGCAGAAAGGGGUAAAAAUGAUGAUGAAUCUGACUAUGAGAAUGAUGUGGUGCAGCAAGAAUCUGAUGACACUGGGGGUAAGAGUAGUCUGUCUCUACCUAUGGAUCAAGACGAUGAAUGGGACCCUAAUGACUAGAAGUAAAUUUGCAAAUGAUACUAUUCUGAAUAUGGCAUUCGUUUUCUGGCAAUAUCUUCUGGAAUCGGGAACUUAGGAGACGAGGUAACACUCCAAGAUCAUUUUUGGUAUCACAGUCCAUCUCAAUUCUUUUUGAGGGAAAUAAAUUCACUUUAUUCUUUUCUGUACAUUUGAGGUCUCAUUCAGUUAGUGAAAAUACAAAAAACUUUUGUAUACCUUAAACAGAAAAGACUUUUUAAAUGACACAGCAGCAAGAAUGAUCGAUGUGGUGUAGACUAGCGGAUUGCAGCCAGUUUUUGAAAGAGAGAUGACAUUAUUGAAGAUGUUUCUUCAUUGGUAAGGGGGAGCGGAAGGAUGUUGUAUUAUGCAGCUUGCAGUCAAUUCAAUCUUAUCUUUUUGAGUAGUGAUUUGUUCUGUUUCUUGUAAACCCACAUUUCUUGACAUGAGUGUAAAGUUAUUUCCAAAGGAAAAUCAAUUAAAUGAAAUAGAUUUUCAUUGUUAUUA